AUGACGGCCCUCGCCCCCUACAAAGCCGAGUUCCUCCGGGCCGCCCUCGAGGGCAACAUCCUCAAGUUCGGCAGCUUCGAGCUGAAAUCCAAGCGGAUCUCCCCCUACUUCUUCAACGCGGGGGACUUCUACCGGGCGGACCUGCUGGAGGCGAUCGCGACGGCGUACGCGCGGGCCAUCUCGGACGCGCACCGGGCGGGCCAGCUCGAGUUCGACGUGGUGUUCGGCCCGGCCUACAAGGGCAUCCCACUGGCGACGGCCGCGACCAUCCGUCUCGGCCAGCUGGACCCGGCCGCGUACGGCAAGAGCACUUGCUACUCGUUCGACCGCAAGGAGGCCAAGGACCACGGGGAAGGCGGCAACAUCGUGGGCGCGCCGCUCAAGGGGAAGAGGGUGCUGAUUGUGGAUGAUGUGAUCACGGCGGGUACGGCGAAGCGGGAGGCUAUUGCUAAGAUUGAGAAGGAGGGCGGGAUCGUGGCCGGGAUUGUGGUUGCGCUCGACCGCAUGGAGAAGCUGCCUUCGCCGGAUGGGGAUGAUAGCAAGCCGAUGCCGAGCGCGAUUGGAGAGCUGAGGAAGGAGUACAACCUGCCUAUCUUGGCCAUUCUUACGCUGGAUGAUAUCAUUGAGGGUGUCAAGGGGCUCGCGUCGGAGGAGAAUAUCAAGCGGACGGAGGAGUACCGGACCAAGUACAAGGCGACAGAUUAA